UCAAAUUAUCGAUAAUAAAUUCAAAAAUUAUUCAGUUUGACACGGUUGCUGACGGAUCAUGUCUCAAAUAGACAAUACAUUUAUUAAACUGCGGGCUCGACUGCGGGAUCGGGAUAUAAAGUUGUGGGAGGAGCCGUACUACUUCGAUGGCGUGGGCAGUAUUGAAUCGGAGAUGGAUCGCUUGGCGAGGGAUCUGAGUGGAGAUCUGGACAUUAGCAUUUCCGAUUGCAGGUGUGCGCUGGUCGAAAUGCAGGAUGGUGCUCUGAGGAAGCUGGCUGCUCGCAGGGAGUUCAAUGACACGGGCUUGGCCACUUUCAAUGUGCGAUGUGUGGACAGCAAAGGGGGCACUUCACAAAUGAUGGAGAUUAAGUGCUCUUUGGGAGUCUCAGGCGCUGAUCUUCAAAAGGAGGUGGCUAAGAAACUGGAUUUAGCAGAUCCCAGUCAUGUAAAGUGCAUUUCCGGAGGUCGCAUUAUCAACGGUAUGAGAACUUUGGCAUCGCAGGGUCUAAAAACCAAUCAGCAACUAAUGGUGGUGGUUGGAGGAGGGAACCAGGGUCAGGAGUUGCAUGAACGCAUCCAAAGGAUUCGAGCGGAUGUGGAGAUAGUUGCGGACGCCGAUCAUCGCUUUAUGGAAAUGGAGGAUCAAGAUGGACGCCCGAUCUUCCUGCCUCCCGAUGAAAAUCGAACUUUGCUAAUGGCCAUGGGCAUGUAUGAAAAAGCCAGAGCUGCCAUGCGAAAAGAAAACUUGGAUGAGGCAUUACUCUUGCUCCUUGAAACCGAUGAACUCUUCUCGCGAUGUAACUCCAAGUUCCUGGAAGCGGUAGACAACUAUGCCCUCAUAAAUCUGGACAUUGUGUGGUGUUAUCUUUGCCUGAAGAAUAUCACCCAGUUACCUGAUGCCCAGCGACGUUUGGAUAUUUGCGAAAGGAGUUUUCGCAAGAGCUACGGCGAACAGUUUGAUCGAUUGUAUGCCAUCAAGGGUACCAGUUGUCCUGAGAGAGCUUUGAUUAUGAGACUACACCUUCUGCAAGGUGUGCUCUACUUUCACCAAAAUCGCAGAGAUGAGUCAUAUGAAAGAUUGGAGGAGGCGGCCAAAGCCUUGGAUGAGUUAAAAGUCAACGAUGAUCAGCUUUUGACACUGGUGGAGAUGGGUUAUGGGGAAUCGGACGCCAGAUUGGCCCUAAGAUCCUGUGCCGGUAAUAUUGACAGAGCUAUACAAUUUAUCCAGGAUCGCAGGGAGAAAGUCAGCGAAGAGCGCAGAAACUCGGCUCCCUUGAGGCAAGUAAACCAAGAGAUGAGGGAGGCGAAUUCAGGAGGGGAUUGGGUAGAUCCACGGAGUGUCUGCAGACUCAUGGAGAUGGGCUACGAAAGGCGUUUGGUGGUGGAAGCUCUGAAGAAAACCAAGAAUAACCUGGAUCGAAGUCUGGACCUCCUACAGCGCCAUUCAGAUGAACUUAGGGCCAAUCUAACCGCAACACCUCCCGUCGACGAAUCGUUACUUUCCACACUGCAGCAACUGGGCUUUCAGACUCAAACCGCUCGAUCUGCUUUGGAAACUACCGAAAAUGAUUUCCGAAAAUCCGUGGAAUUCUUACUGAAAAGUUUCGUAAAUGAAACGGAGUUAAUGGCAGUUAUUGGAGCCAUGACAAAGUUACUGGAAGAUCACGGUCCUUCGGGUUCAAAUAGAACAACUAGCAAUAGCUCUGCCCCUUUGUUAAACUUAUCUAGCAGCAAGUUGGCCCUAAUCCAAUCGGUUCUUGGUCAGGCAAAAUCGGAGAUGGAAUCGUACAAUGCCUUCAAGAGAUUCAAUGAGGACCUCUCUGAAAAUAGUUCCAACUAUUUGGAUCUGCCAUUGGUGCAGGAAGAGCAAAUCCUCAGCGAGUACCGGCGUCUGCUGGAGCGAUAAUCCUUUGAAGUGUUCAAUUUAUCAUUUCCGUUUAACAUUGUUAUGUUUUAAUGUGCGCCAAUAUUGUGUGGACAGUUAUGUUAUCUUAAUAAUUGAUAUAUAAAUGUCUUCA